CUCUCUCCCCUUCUCAUUGCUCUCCUGAGCAGCUCGCAGGCAGGCGAUUGAUUGCUUCCCAGACCUGACUAACGUCACAGCUGCGUUACUCUCUCUCACACACACACACACGCACUCACUCAAUCACUUACACACACUCGCACAGAGAAAGGAAGAGGCACACACACACACACAUCCUCCUUAACUAUCUUCUCACGCUUUCCCAGGUACACAGUCAUACACACAGCACGGUCCUCCUCUCACAAUCUGGAUAGUUCUUGCAAGAUUUCGACAGUGUGCACGAAGUGUCAAGGGGCGCUGCUGCUGCUGAUAGACUGACCACUGAGUGUCUGAGAUCCAGCCCUACCUGUGCAGGUUGACUCCCCAAGCCAGAGAGAGAGAGAGAGAUCAUGGAGGGGGAGGAAGGUGUGACAGGGGAGCCUCCCGAGCCGGGAAACGCACUCCUCCAGGCCGUGUUCCUCUGCCGCCUGCGCCUUACACGUCUCCUCUUGGAGGGUGGAGCCUACAUCAACGAGAGCGACGGGCGUGGCCAGACGGCCCUCAUGGUGGCCUGUAAGACGCGGCACGCCGACCGGCAGAGCGCCAGCCGCACCCGCAUGGUCCAGUACCUGCUGGAGAGUGGAGCCGACCCCAACAUCCAGGAUAAGGCGGGCCGCUCAGCCCUGAUGCAUGCCUGCCUGGAGAGGGCUGGGGCCGGGGUAGUGUCCCUGCUCCUGGCCAGUGGAGCGGACCCGGGCCUGGAGGACCAUUCUGGGAGCUCAGCGCUGGUUCACUCGGUCACGGCCGGCGACAAGGAAACUCUGAAGGUGCUGCUGGACACCUGCAAGGCCCGAGGGAAGGAAGUGAUCAUCAUUACCACCAACACACUCCCCUGUGGGACGUCCAGGACCAAACAGUACCUCAACGUGCCCCCUCUAACCCCCCUCGACCAGGGGGGAGGGCUGCACCUGAUGGCUGCUCCUCCCUGCGCCUCCCCCUCUGAGAUCCAGCUCCUCACCUCCCCUCAGUGCACCUCCUCCUCCUCUCAUCCUCCUCACCAAGUCUUUAACUUUAAGGAGGACCAGUGUUCUGUGUGUGAGACAGUGAGCUCCCAGCCUGACCCCCAGUCACAUGCUCCCGUUCUGGAGCAGAGCAGGGUGGAAAGGCUGAUGCAGCCCCUCCAGAGGCUGAACUCAGAGCCCUGGCUGAAGAUUCCUGCCUCUCUACUGGCCCUGCAUCCCGACACUUCUCCCUCGUCCUCAGAUGACCUCCCAGACAUCAGCCCAGAGGAGGAACUCUCCCUCAUGACCAGCAGGUUGGGCUGGAACAGUUACAACAACAGCGCCCCUAUCUGGUACAACUGCAGUACUGACCUGGAUAACAACACUGCUAAUGUUAUUAGCUUUAGCAAGUCUGAGGGGAGGUUGAAUGAGGGAGAGGUAGGGGAAAGAGGUCAGAGGGAGGAGGAAGAGGAGUUGUUGGUGCGUAAGUUGUCCUUUGCCGGCCUCUCUUCGCCACACUCUGCCUCUAACCCAAACCUCCACUCAUACAGCAUCGGCACAGGCCAGGGUCCCCCUUUCCCAUCUUUCUCCACUGGUACCAGACUCCCUGGCUGCCCCCUCCCCCUUCCUAUGUCCAGCCUGCGCAGCAUCAUCCAGAGACGCCACCUGGGUGCCGACCACUACAACUCUGACCCCCAGCUGGCUGUGCCUACCAGGGGAUUCACCGAGGAGGGCCGAACCCCGCUGGAGAGCAGAAGACAGGCCACUUCCCGCUCCUCUACCCUGCUGACCUCCAGGGAAUCACUGGUGGCCCCAAACCUGACCAAGAGAGCCCUCUCUGGGCUGGAGCGUCAGGGCUCAGGGGCUCUCCUCCUGAGCCACAUCUCCCAGAACCGCCCAGGGUGCCUGCCGCCCCUGAACUCUCACCACCACACCCCAAUCCCUCACAUCGUUGGAGUGGCCAACUCCUGCCCCAACCCCUGUGUCCUGGGCAACAAUCCCAGCAGUAGGGCCGUCUGCCGGGAGGUAGCUGGCCUGAGGCCCCUCCUUCCCUCAGCUCCCUCCGGCCUCCCCAGAGACCUGAGGACAAGGAGGAUGCUGCUGAGGAGACACUCCAUGCAGACAGAGCAGAUCAAGUAGCUGGGAGACUUUGAUGGGAUGUUUGAGAGGCAGCAGUGUCUGAUAAACCAGUUUCUCGAUAUUGAUCCUGGGGACACAUAGCACAUGAGUGGAGCCUAUAUCUGCUUACUUAAAGGCAUUGAAAACACCUACAGUCCAUUCAGAAAGUAUUCAGAACCCUUACAUUUUUCACAUUUUGUUAUGUUACAGCCUUAUUCUAAAAUGUAUUAAAUUACAUUCGUUUCCCAUCAAUCUACACACAAUACCCCAUACUGACAAAGCAAAAACAGGUUUUAAGAAAUGUUUGCACAUUUAUUAAAAAUAAAAAACAAAAAUACUUUAUUUACAUAAGUAUUCCCGACCCUUUGCUAUGAGACUUGAAAUUUAGCUCAGGUGCAUCCUGUUUCCAUUGAUCAUCCUUGAGUCUACCUGUGGUAAAUUCAAUUGAUCGUACAUGAUUUGGAAAGACACACACCUGUCUAUAUCAGGUCCCACAGUUGACAGUGGAUGUCAGAGCAAAAACCAAGGUCACCAAGAACCCGAUGGUCACUCUGACAGAGCUCCAGAGUUCCUCUGUGGAGAUGGGAGAACCUUCCAGAAGGACAACCAUCUCUGCAGCACUCCACCAAUCAGGCCUUUAUGGUCGAUUGGCCAGAUGGAAGCCACUCCUCAGCAAAAGGCACAUCACAGCCCGCUUGGAGUUUUCCAAAAGGCACCUAAAGGACUCUCAGACCAUGAGAAACAAGAUUCUCUGGUCUGAUGAAACCAAGAUUGAACUCUUUGGCCUGAAUGCCAAGCGUCACGUCUGGAGGAAACCAGGCACCGUUCAUCACCUGGCCAAUACCAUCCCUACGGUGAAACAUGGUAGUGGAAGCAUCAUGCUGUGGGAAUGUUUUUCAGUGGCAGGGACUGGGAGACUAGUCAAGAUCGAGGGAAAGAUGAACGGAGUGAAAUACAGAGAGAGAACCUGCUCCAGAGCGCUCAGACUGGGGCAAAGGUUCACCUUCCAACAGGACAAUGACCCUAAGCACACAGCCAAGACAACGCAGGAGUCUAUGAAUGUCCUUCAGUGGCCCAGCCAGAGCACAGACUCUCUCCAAUCGAACAUCUCUGGAGAGACCUGAAAAUAGCUGUGCAGCGACGCUCCCCAUCCUACCUGACAGAGCUUGAUAGGAUCUGCAGAGAAUGGGAGAAACUCCCCAAAUACAGGUGUGCCAAGCUUGUAGCGUUAUACCCAAGAAGACUUGAGGCUGUAAUUGCUGUCAAAGGUGCUUCAGCAAAGUACUGAGUAAAGGGUCUGAAUACUUAUGUAAAUGUGAUAUUUCAGUUUUUUUGCUUUGUUAUUAUGGGGUAUUGUAUGUAAAUUGAUGACGGGAGGGGGGGAAACAAUUAUAUCAAUUUUUGAAUAAGACUGUAACAUAACAAAAUGUGGAAAAAGUCAAGGGUUCUGAAUACUUUAUGAAUGCACUGUAUAUUAAAAAAUAAAACCUGACGCAUGACACAUCCUAAAUAGUGAGAACAUUUCAAAUACUUACCUUGUCACCAUUCUAUUGAGUCUUGUUAAUGGGAGUAGCUGAUUGAAAUGAGGACCUGUUUGUAGUUUGUAGUGGGUCCCAGGACUGAUUUGAGGAAUCCUGUGCUAAACCAACCUGCCAGGGAGAGACUGUAGCAAUGUUCAGCCUUGUGCGUAGAUUCCAGUGUACUGUCACAAGUGGUUCUAUAAAUACCAUUAUGUUUACAUGUAAUGUAUGUUGCAAAUUAUGAAUAAAAUACAGUUUAAAAAACAAAUGAUGUAA